UUGCACUACUGGGUCCUAUCCCUCCGUCGUACCUCUACAUACCCUUACCGCAAAACGCCUUUGAACACUCUUGUCAGCAUUCUCCAGGGGUCCCCUGGUCUCAUUUCUGUAAUUUAUGCCUCCCUUAACAGUAGGUCCUCCUCACCACCCCUCUCUUAUGUCUCUCAAUGGGAGCGAGACCUGGGUGUUUCGAUUGCAGUGGAGAAUUGGCCUGGGGGAUGGUGGCGAAAUGUUCAUUCAAUACAGUCACUCUUGAGGCAGCCUACAAAGUUCUCCUGC